CAACAUUUUGCUCUAAAGCAUAGCUGGUGGCAUUUAAUUGAUUCGCGACGAAUAACAAACGGUGAAUUCAUUAAGAGGGAACAAAGUUACAGUAUUACAAUAUUAAGUCGGGAUUUACCUACUUUAUUUUCCACUCACUUUCCGCCAGUGAAAUGCUGUGGUUCUUUUUUCUAUGCGUAUUGACGCUUUGCUUGUUUGCCGAUUAUCUUUGGAAGCGCGAUGUGAACGACAAGUGUGACAAACUUCCGGGCCCAUUGAAUUUGCCAAUUUUUGGCUGCAUCUGGAUUUAUACGCACAUGCAGCCUGAUGAACUAAUUUCGCUCGGCCAUUACAUACGAAAUCGCUUUGGACGUGUGACCCGUUUUUGGGUACUGCACAAACAUGCUAUGUUUGUGUGCGAUUUACGUGUCACACAAAUGCUGCUAAGCCAUUCCACAGAGAUUCGAAAGAAUCGCAUGUAUGACCUACUAGCCGAUUGGUUGGCUGAAGGUCUGCUCGUUAGUUAUGGCGCUAAAUGGUUGAGUCGUCGACGUGUUAUUACGCCAGCCUUUCAUUUUAGUAUUCUCGUGGAUUUCGUACGCAUUUUCGACCAACAAGCACAAAUCUUAGUGGGAAAAUUGGAAAAGUUUGCGGAUGGUGAGCAGAUUGUAGACUUGGAGAAUCCUGUAGGACUGGCGACACUGGAUGUUAUCUGUGAAAGUGCGAUGGGUGUGCGUAUUAAUGCACAAACCGAUGAGAAAUGCGAAUAUGUGCAACUCUUGAUGGAGAUGACACGUAUUAUACUCAGGCGUUAUGUGACGCUCGUCUAUCAUCCGAUAUGGCUUUUUAAAUGGCUGGCACCUCGAUUGGCGAAACGUCAUGUGGCAGUAACAGCCGCUUUGCAUAAAUUCACGAAACGUAUUAUCAAGGAGCGACGGGAGGAAAUGUUAAAACAGCAGACUAAAAUUGGGGCAAAACAGCUCUUACACAACGACGAUUCUGGCAUAAAACGCCGGCAAGCUUUACUCGAUGUCUUACUCUUGGCUACCAUCGAUGGUCAACCUCUUAACGAUGCCGAUAUACGCGAAGAAGUAGACACCUUCAUGUUUGAGGGUCACGACACCACAAAAAGUGGCAUUGGUUUUACACUAUGGUGUAUUUCACGUAACGCAGAUGUGCAAACUAAAGUUUAUACCGAAAUUGCUAAUGUUUUGGGUACUGCUGAACAUCAAGCACUCACUCAAGGACAUUUAACACAAUUGAAGUACACAGAGCAAGUUAUUAAGGAAGCUUUGCGCAUGUAUCCUCCGGUGCCAUAUAUUGGGCGUAUUAUUAAGGAGGAUUGCUAUGUUGACGGCAGUUGCAUACCGAAAGACACCAGCGUGCUCAUAGCAAUUUAUGAGAUGCAAAAUGAUGCAGCCUAUUUUCCGGAACCACAUCGAUUUUUGCCCGGGCGUUCAGCUAAUGAUAAUCCUUUUGCAUUUGUGCCUUUUAGUGCUGGGCCACGCAAUUGUAUUGGUCAACGUUUUGCUAUGCUUGAGAUGAAAGUUUUUAUCGCACGUAUUGUACAAAUGUUUGAACUGUUGCCGCUUGGUGCUGACGUUGUGCCCACAAUGAGAGUGGUGCUAAAAUCCGAAACAGGCUGGCAAAUGGGGUUUCGCAAACGUAAAAUAUCAACUUGAGUGUAGUUAAAGAAUUUAUUUUUAAUAAACUUCACUGACACAUAAAUCUAA